AUGGGCCUCAGACAGCUACAACAACUGCAGAUGGUGGACUAUGUGGGCGCGGACGUCCGUUGGAGCACCAGGGAAGUGCCAACACCUCAGGAGAAGCGCCAAGCAGGCACGGACCAUGAACGGAACGCCACAUGCGGGUCCGGCGCCAGACAACUGCCACGACCACAGAUGGUGGACGAGCCGGGCGGGGACGUCCGUGGGAGCACCAGGGAGGGAAGAAGAUCAGGGGUAUCAUCACUCCCACAAGCAGAAGAGGCUUUCCCAGCAUCACCUCAGGAAGAUAUACUGCCAUCAAGAAUAGUUCCAGAGCCAAAAGAUGAAGCAUCAUCAGCACCCAGAGUAUCAUUUGCAGCUGUUGCAGAACCAUCAGAGCAGCUAACAGACAAGGAUUCUUCACCAACCCAAGGAGAAGUGCCACCUGCAAGGAAAAGGAGCCAGAGGUCCAAAAAAGCUGCAGUUCAUAAUGAGAAUUUUUUAUGCCAUUAUAGACCAGGAACCAUCCAGACUAUGGUCCCAGAAAUUAAACAAUAUAAACUGGACCUGGUGGUGGUACAAGAAACAGGAUGGCUAGGAGAAGGAACUCACAAAGAGGAUGGAUACACACUAUUCUAUGGUGGAUGUGUAGAUAAACAUGAAUUCGGCACUGGUUUUGUAAUACACAACAAAGCAGCAAAUUCGGUGAAGGAAUUCAAAGCUGUUAACAAGAGAAUAUCCUACAUAGUACUUGGGAACCAAGAGUCAGACAUCACAUUCAUCAAUGUUCAUGCCCCAACUGAGGAUAAAACAGAUGACAAAAAGGAAGAGUUCUAUCACCAACUAGAACAAACAAUUGAGAGCACACCAACUAGAAAUAUCAGGAUAGUGCUGGGAGAUUUUAAUGGAAAAGCAGGAAAGAAGGAGGAGGAGGAGGAGAUUAGUGUUUAA